AUGGCAGUAGCUGCUCGUGGACAACUCAACUUCAAUGAAGUUCACGGUGGAUUUAAAGGCGUCGAUUCCUUUGAGAAGUUGGAACUUCUUGGACAGGGCACUUAUGGCGAAGUUCAUAAGGCCAAGGAAAAAGGGACCGGAGAGGUUGUUGCUUUGAAGAAACUGAAGCUGGCAAAGGAGAAUUACGAGGUGGAAGGCUUCCCCAUCGCUGCAAUAAGAGAAAUCAAGAUUCUAAACAAGUUUCAUCACGAAAACAUCAUCAAGUUGAAGGAGAUUGUGACAUCUCCGGUGCAAAAUAAUCAGGUUCUUGGUGAUUGUGGCAUCUAUAUGGUGUUUGAAUACAUGGAGCAUGACUUGACAGGUCUGGUUAAUCGACAAGGGGCUAGAUUUUCAGUUCCACAGGUUAAGUGUUAUAUGAAGCAACUCUUGAUGGGGCUUCACUAUUGUCAUCUCAAUGGAGUGCUCCACCGAGAUAUCAAAAGCUCAAAUCUUUUCAUAAACAAUCAAGGCAGAUUGAAACUGGGAGAUUUUGGGCUUGCUCGGAAUUUUUCGGCGGAAGAAGAUCAUCAAAACGCUAAGCUUACCAGUCAAGUCGUUACAUUGUGGUAUAGACCUCCAGAGUUGCUUCUUGGGACUAAAAGUUAUGGUCCAGAGGUUGAUAUGUGGUCUGCUGGUUGUAUCUUUGCCGAGCUUCUAUGCCAGGGUCGGCCACUUUUCAAUAGUAACACAGAAGCUGGUGUUCUAAGUAAGAUUGUUGAGGUGUGUGGAGUUCCAGGUGAGGCCAGCUGGCCCGGAGUUUCAAAGCUUCCUUGGUAUGAAACAUUCUUGAAGAACAUGAAAUCGCAGCAGAGGCCUCUUAGUGAGAUUUUUAGACAUUGUGACCGCCCUACUUUGGAGUUGCUGGAGAAAUUGCUUACUCUUGAUCCUUCUAAGAGAAUAUCUGCAAGGGAUGCUUUAGAUGCUGACUACUUUUGGACUGAUCCAUUACCUUGCGAUCCGAAAAGUCUACGCCCCUAUGAGUCAUCGCACGAGCUUGAUGUCCAAAAUGAUAAGAAAAAGCGCAAGCUGCAACAAUUGCAAGAUGAGAAAAAUGUUGUAAAAUGUCAGAAACCGAUGCAGUACCAACAGCCACUUCCCCGUGGAAAUCCACCACCCAGUCAUCAGAAAUCUGAACAAGCAGAAGCCCGAGAGGAACCUUUCCGUCGCAGCUAUAGUUCUCUGUCACCGGUUGCUGCACGGCCUCGCCGCUGUUAUGAAAGCAGGCCUCCUCGGCCCUCUUAUGGAGCAAGAAGAUAUUAUGAGAGUGAUCGUUAUGCUUCAGGUCGGGAUCGGUACUCAAACAUGAGGGAUGGAAGGCGUAAAUGGCGGUACUAG